AUGCGCGACGAGAGUGUACUGUCCGACCUCAAUGUUCGCGCUGGACAGACGGUGUCGGUGCAGCGCAUGGAUACCCUGCUGACCGAACUCCGCGCGCGGUCGGAGACUGCCAGCCUGUCGGCGACCCUGUACUUCCCCGGCGAGGCCGCGGGCGACGACUCCGCCAUGUCCGCCCUGUCACGGGAUAGGGCGCCGGAUUCCUGGAUCACAACGCUGGAGCAGGCAGGCAGUCGUGUCUUGCGAUCUCCCACCGGCGUGGUUGCGUUUCGCAUCGGCAAUGCCGGGCUGGCCGUUCUUCCCCCGUUUCCUCUGAAUGCCAUGUGGGCCGGGGACAUGAUCUAUGACUGGCCCUUGCGCACCAUGCUGUCCGCGCAGUUGACCAUCGGCGUCGCCCUGGUGCGUCUGGGCCGCUACGCCAUCGCCGUCUACGAGGGCCGGAAGUUGGCCGUAUCCAAGACCGAUACCCGCUACGUGAAGGGCAAGCAUCACGCCGGAGGCACCUCGCAGCGCAGGUUCCAGCGCGUCCGGGAAAACCAGAUCCACCGUCUGUACGCGGAGGCAUCCGGCGUGCUGGAGACGCAAUGGCGGCCCUGGAUGCACCGUUUCGACUACGUCGCCCUGGGAGGCGAAGCCGCGACGGUCAACGGCUUUCUCCGGGAGUGCCCGAUGUUGUCCCGCCUGACCCAGAUAACGCUGGAGCGCCGUCUGGACGUCCGUGAGCCCAAUCGCGCUGCCCUGGACGAAGUUGGCGCCAUGCUCUACCAGUGCCGACUGUACCCCCUGAGCUGGCCCGAAUAG